GCGUGCUAGUCACUCGCUUCGAGUAAGAGCGUAACGAUCACUUUUUAUUCACAUUCCAAGUAGUUUUUACUUGCGAGUUAUAAAUCCAUACGAGUAUAAAUUAUUUUGAGAAAAUGUCGCACGGAUUAAAUAAAUUCGUCAUAUUACUACGUACGAAAUUCUACGUUCAUCAACGAAACAACGUGGAUUUUCUUAAUAAUAUUGGCCAAAUAUUGACAUGAGUUCUUAUGUCACAUGAGUUAAAGAUUUAAAUUCGUUUCGUUAAACUUGAAUAAUUGUUAAUGUAAAUCCCAGUGACAUUCUAAUUGUUAACUUUAAGAAAGAUGAAAUCGAAUAAGAUUUUAAUCAUUAUCUUAAAUGAUUAACAGAAGACAUUAUCGAAAAUUGAGAGAGGAGGUUGAUGGGAUAAGAAGGGAGAAAGAAAAUGCCUGAAGGGAAAAGAAAAGACCUGCGAUUUUAAAAUCCGUUGCCUACUCUCGACGAUCGCGUGAUUUUAUUGAACGGGAAUUUCUCGUAAGGUCUUCGAUAAACGUUAUCACGUGCUACUGCACGAUAUAAUUAUAUAAACGCACGCAGUGUCGCGAGAUCGCUUUAUAAUAGAGUCGAUCUAGUCUUUCGACUUUGACUGGAUGUUUCUCGAUGAACGUCGAGUUAGUGAAUAAAGACAAGAGGAGACGACUUCGUUGACACAUUUCUGCAGUUUUGUUUAUAGUCUCUUUUCUUAUCUCCUCAUGAUAUUUUAAUCAUUUGACAUUGAAUAUAUAUUCUCUUGUAGCGAAUUCUCUUCAUUGAAGAAAUAAUUAUUUUGUUGAGGCUACGUUGAGAAAUAUAUUUGUGUUUUCAAAUGUCGUUGAUUAGCGAGGAACACGGAGUUAAGGAUAUCUUGCUUCGUCCUCCUUCUUCUCCUCCUCCUCCUCCUCCUCAUCAUCAUCAUCAUCAUCAUCGUCAUCUGACAAAGUUCAAAGUAGAUAUCCGGCAAACCGAUGAAAUCGUUGUGCAAGAUGCUCUCAACGAGACAGGAUUUGGAAGGUUCAAUUUCAAAGUAUUGGCCGUUUCUGCUCUUAUUUGUAUGAACGCUGCCUUUGGCAUGAUGAAUGUAGGAUUCAUUUUACCAGCGGCGGCGUGCGAUUUUAAGAUGACAACGGAAGACAAAGGUCACCUGAUAGUAUUGACCAUGCUAGGUAUGUUGACGGGUUCUUAUUUCUGGGGCUGCCUUGCUGAUACCAAAGGACGAAGAAUUUCUCUCCUGGCAUCCCUCUUCCUUCACGGUAGCUCCGAACUCUUAGCAUCACUGAUACCAUAUUAUUGGGGCUUCGUGUUAGUCAAAUUUAUCAGCGGUCUGGCUAUAUGUGGACAGUUAACGAUGCUCUAUACGUAUCUUGCCGAAUUUCAACCAAUUAAGAAGCGCGAUUUGUUUCUCUCAUGGAUGGAAAUGGCAUGGGUAAUGGGAAUGGUGAUCGUAGCGUGCGUAGCUUGGGCUACAAUCCCGUUGGAUAUAAAAUAUAAGACUAACACGUUUUCCUUUCGCUCGUGGAACUUGUUCAUCAUGAUUUGUUCUUUGCCAUCUUUUACAAUUGGAAUCUGGUUAUCAUCUUUCCCAGAAACUCCAAAGUAUCUUGCUGAGACUGGACAAAAUAAUAAGAUGUUGAAGGUUUUAGCUGAAAUGUAUACGGAGAAUACGGGGAAUCCUUUGGAAAAAUAUUUGACGAAUUUGAAAAAUUGUGGAAACCAGUUGCUUUCAGAACUGGCCUUUUGUUUAGAAGGAAAGAUAAACGAGAAAGAAGAGACGAUCAAACCAAAGUCAUUGAAGAUUACCAUAGUGAAUACAUUUUUGCAAACGUUGAUGCUUGUAAGAAAGCCAUAUUUGCAUAGGACGUUCAUCGUAUGUUCCGUCACAUAUUUGAUUAUGACUUCUUACUACAUGUUGCUUCUCUGGUUACCUGAUCUUUUCCAAAGAUACGCCGAAUUUCAUGAACGUUUUCCUAAUCGAUCGGCCACGGUAUGCACCGUUGUCGCAUUUGAAAAGAACAACGAAACGGUAACGAAUAUGGAUCCCUUCGGUUGCAAUACACCGAUACAGAGCAGCGUCUUCCUAUACGCAUUUAUUUUAGCAUUAUCAGGCGUCCCUGUUGGUCUUACGUUACCUCUCUUCAUAAAUCGUUUAGGAUAUAAAUUCUUUUUAGUUGCCGGUACGAUAAUAGCCAGUUUUGUAUCGUUUUGUAUCUUACUUGUUAAAACAUCUGUUGAAAAUUUAAUUAUCUCGUGUAUCUUCGAAUCCAUUGCAUCAAUUUGUGUCAGCGUUGUCUCCUGUAUGUUGAUCGACUUCUAUCCAACUCACUUAAGAUCAAUAGCAGCCGGUCUCGCUUCAUUUUCUAGUCGGCUAGGCGCAAUGAUGGGAAACUUGAUAACCGGAAUAUUGAUCGAUAAUCAUUGCACGAUCCUCAUCAUAUUGGUAGGGUUACAACUUUUCGCGUGUGGCAUACUCAGCUUGCUCACACCGAAAAAGAAAGAAAUGGAAAAAGCAAAGAUAACCAAAUUCUAAAGAUAUUUGGAUAUUUUCUACAAUAGAGUGAAAAAAAAAAAGAAAUAAAAACAAAGAAGUUCGACAUGUUUCCCCAUCCUCUUCUCUUUUUUCUCGCGUUUUAACUAUGUUGUUCUUUGAAACGUGAUUAAAAUACUAUUUAUCAUGGAA